AUGACGGUGUCGUUUGGCGACACCCCUGCAUCGAGUGAUCAAGCCAUGCCAGCCGAGUUCCUGCUUUUGCCUGAGAUCCCUUCCACCAGUGCCAAGGACAUUUUGUCCACAGAGCCACCAAAGUUGAAUUCGAUCAUCAUGAGCAGCUGGAGCCAUCGCCUGUCCAAAGUCCAAGCAAGCUAUGCCCAGGCAUCCGAAGUGGAGCCACUCGGGCAACUGAGCCUGACCGAACUCAAAGCCACGCCCAGGAGCUUUGGAAAGGCCCACAUGGGCAAAACGUUCCAGGAGAUUUGGGACAGCGAUCCACAAUGGAUCAAAUGGUUCCUGAGCCAUUAUGCAGCCAGCACAAAGACCAAACACCGAAAGAUGAUCCUGUUCAUCCAGCUCAUGAUCGAGGAGUCAGAGAAAGAGACUCCACAGCCCUCAGCCAAGGCAUUGCCCAAAGCCUUAGCAGCUCGUCCAAAGAGCCAUGCAGCCCCAGCAAUGCAGCUGCCUGUGCCGACGGAGUCCGAGGUGGAGUCUUUCGAAAUGAUGAGCGAAGCACCAUGGAUCGAAGCAUCAGAGACUCGAGAGGACAUACAUGCCCUUCAGACUCGCUUGCUCAGCCUGGAAGAUGCGAUGCAGCGCAUGAUCGCGCUGAUGUCGCGCGGACCCAUGACGAGUCAUGCACCGAUCCCAGAAGAUCAUCUGGAAACUGCAACCACAGCAUGGGACGAUCCCUGGAACAACUAA